UGUGGCACAGCCCCUCUUAACUAGUCCAAAGAUGGCUGCUAUGUGGCAUAGCUUCUCUUUCAUAGUCGUGUUUAUCAUCGUCACCCCAGCUUUAAGAGCCACCGCUGCACGGUGCCCGGCGUCUGACCGCAACGCGCUCCUGGCCUUCCGAUCCUCGCUCUCGGAGCCAUAUCUGGGCAUUUUCUCGUCAUGGACGGGCGACGACUGCUGCUCGAUGUGGUACGGCGUUAGCUGCGAUCCAACCACGGGGCGUGUGGCCGACAUCACUCUACGCGGCGAGUCGGAGGAUCCCAUCCUCGCUCGAGCCGGCCGCACGAGCGGACUCAUGAUGGGGGCUAUCUCGCCUGAGAUCUGCCGGCUCGAGCGGCUGACGACGCUGAUCCUUGCCGACUGGAAGCAGAUCACAGGGUCGAUUCCCCCUUGCGUCACCUCCCUUCCCUUCAUGCGCAUCCUCGACCUCGUCGGUAACCAUAUCUCCGGCCCUAUCCCCGGAGACAUAGGCCGUCUCACCCGUCUCACCGUCCUCAACGUGGCUGAUAACCGGAUUUCCGGGACCAUCCCGGCCUCCAUCACGGCGCUUACCUCGCUGAUGCACCUCGAUCUCAGCAACAACCUGAUCUCGGGACCCAUCCCGGCUGACUUCGGGAGGCUGCGUAUGCUCAGCCGCGCGCUGCUCGCCCGCAACCGCCUCUCCGGCGGCAUUCCUGAGUCGAUCGGAUCCAUGCCCCGGCUAGCCGACCUGGACCUGGCGAGUAACCACAUCUCCGGGGAGUUACCCAGCAACCUGGGAUCGAUUCCGGUGCUGUCGUCUCUGUACCUGGACUCGAACCAGCUGACGGGGCCCAUCCCCGCGACGCUGCUAGCGAGCCGGGGGCUUGGAAUCCUGAACCUGAGCCGGAAUGCCAUCGAUGGGGAGAUCCCGGAUGCGUUCACCACCCGGUCGUACUACACGGCGAUGGACCUGUCGCACAACAGGCUGAGGGGGAAGGUGCCGCGGACGCUGGUGACGGCGGCGUACGUGGGGCAUCUGGACCUCAGCCACAACCACCUCUGCGGUCCCAUUCCUGUGGGCUCCCCGUUCGACCAUCUCGAGGCCGCCUCCUUCGUCCACAACGACUGCCUCUGCGGCUGGCCGCUUCCCGUUUGCAAGCCGUGAAUCAAUCAUGCAAUCACUAUUAAUUCCACUCUACCUACGCUACGUACCGACCGUCAGACCAAUUUCGUGUGCUAUACGAUACGCCUGUUCAUGUGCGUCAAAAAGCGUGUAUGCUUGAUCAAUUCAGGAGCUAAAUCAGCUGCGAAGGACCACUGUUCACCAUGCCAUUUAGUUCGGGUCCGCGAUUAAUUGUUAAAAGCGUAAAGUUAUAGGUCCCUUUAUUUUAGAUAUAUAUGGGUAAUGUAAUUGUGGACAGUGCAUGGAUGUCAAGCGUCCAUUGUGAUCAAAGAGUAAAGUAAUGCAACGUUAAUAGAUAUGUUUAAUUUACUAAAAACUAUGAUUUUGUGUU